GCGCAGGGGAGGAGUGACGACGGCGACGAUGCCCGGCGAAACGAGCGUCGGAGGAGGGGAAGACAUCAACGGCGGACAAGGCCGCCAUAUUGAAUCACUCUCGUUAAUUUUUGCGCAGAGGCGGUGUGAAUUUUUUCUCGUUUGCGCGGAAGGUAGCCUGGCCAAAGUUGUGCGUCUGGGAUUUUGGGAAUCGCGACGUUCGUUUUACGGUUAUCGUUGGCACGCGUCAAAACUGUGUACAGUGCUACGGUUAUAUGUGAUCGCGUAGAACGUAUCCGUUCGUAUAUACAAUGGUAAACGCGAUGCGCGUGUGUGCCGUACGAAAAAGGUUGGAAACAUGCGGAAAUCGUGCGUGCAGCACGGUCGCGAGGCGGUAAAGUGUGCUCGCGACAGGGAGGGAAGCGAGAAGUCUACGGCGUACACUGACUGCGGUACGUGGUGUGUGCGCCAUGUCAUUGUACAUACGUAAGCGAUAGUAUAGAGCAGUGAUUCUUAACCGCUGUGGCCGCGGCACACCAGCGUGCUGUGAACGCGGCUAUGCGAGUCACCGCGAAUGUUUGCCAACAGACCCGAUGAAUUCCUAUUUUUGCAUUGUUUUUAAAACCGUUACACCGUACUCGUUGGGGAACGAGAACCGUGCCAAGUGGUUUGUUUUUUUCUGAAACUCGCGCCGUGAGCCCGGGAAGACUAAAAAGAGUCUUUGCGCGAAUCGUGCCCGUGAGCUCGAAAAGGUUAAGAACCACUGGAUAUCGAGUGUAAUGUGUCGUAGUGGAGUGAAGUGAAGUGGAGUGGAAAGCGAACCGGCUGCCUUGGCUGCCUAACUGUCUGCCUAACUGCGUGCCUGCUGCCAGCCCCUGUUCCCUACGCUUCGCGUAAUUGAUUUGUAUGCCGAACGAUUUAUACAAAUUCAGGCCAGCUUUCCGAUCGACUGACCUCCUCCCAGAGUUUUGGCAUUUGAAAGAAUGGAAGCCAUGGAUUUGGACGGAGAUGCGGUAGUGGACUUGAGUGUUAGCAGCAGUGGUAGGAGGAAUUCCCCAUCGAUUGCAGUUAACUCUGGUGACGUAGGAGGACCGUUAGAUUUAGGUCUUCAUUACUCUUCGAGUCCUAAUCUAGAUAACAACAUGCCGGAAGCACGUAACAUCCAAAACACAUCAAGGGGAAUCCUGGCUCCAAAAUCUGGGGAUGAUAGGAAAACGCGUCGCAAUCUUAGACCUAGAAUUGAAAUAAGUUAUGCUGAGAGUCCAGAUGAACGUAGGAUAAAUGGCUACGUGAAUGGAAAUGCAGACAGCGAUGAAGGUGAUAUGCCACCUCUCCCUCCGAUAAAGGAACUGUCGUCCGAUGAAUUAGCUGAACGCGAAAGGACGCUUAGGAAAUUAAGGGAGGAAUUAAGAUCGGAGGAAAUGAAAUUGGUAUUGUUGAAAAAAUUGCGGCAAUCGCAACAGUUGAAAGAAAAUAUUGCUGCGGUACCGAAAGUACCCAGUAAAUUACCACCACCGGUCACGGUACAACCAGCCGCCCAUAGUCAUAGGACAGGGAAAGCACCACCGCCGUUACUUAGAGGACAGCCUGCGCCGAGCAGGAGCAGUAUACACGCUCCUCCACCUGGAAUGUUAUUACCACCUACGGCUGCUCGAAGUUCUUCUUCCAGUACUGGAAUUCCACCUAACAUGAUAAUACCGCAACCACCGCAUCCUAGGGGCAGGCCACCUAGCGCAACGCCAAACGUAUCCAAUUAUCAUGCACCUGCAGACCGAACAGAAAGGUCCACGAAAGAUCCAACUCCUGCUCCUGCACAUCAAGUAAGUAAGCUGCUUGUUGGAUCUCAAGAAAAUAAAACCACCGCAUCCUUAAGCACACCUGUGAUUUCAGAACAGGAGAGACCAAGAGAUGAUAAUCAGACGCCUGCGCAACGUCAGGCGGCUGCUAAAUUGGCUUUAAGAAAGCAACUCGAAAAAACGUUGUUGCAAAUACCACCUCCGAAACCGCCACCGCCGGAGAUGCAUUUUGUACCGAAUCCCUCGAAUGGAGAAUUCAUAUACUUGGUGGGUUUGGAACACGUGGUUGAUUUUAUUACUAAGGAGCCGGCUAUACCACCACCUCCGGAACCAUUCGAAUGUACCCAAUGCAAAACGGAUUUUACACCUGUCUGGAAGUGGGAAAAACCCAUCACCGGUGGCAAGAAAGAAGGCCCAAGAGGACAGCAUGCAACUUUCCAGAGACCUCCGGCAGGUCGCGAUCCUAGAGUUAUAUGCGAACAUUGUGUAACGACUAACGUCAAGAAAGCUCUCAAAGCAGAACACACUAAUCGGUUAAAAACAGCGUUCGUAAAGGCACUGCAGCAGGAACAAGAAAUAGAACAGAGGUUGGCACAGGCAGCGUGUCCAAGUCCAGAUCCACCAGCUCCAAAACCAGUUCCUAAAGCAGCUACUCCUACGAGAAGAGUCGCUACACCACCAGCCCCUCCACCGCAAGUACCACCGGCACCUACGUUGGCACCAACCCCACCUGCGCCUAAACUGCAAGAACUGGUUAAAUUGGCUGAAAGUGGAAAGUUCAGCCCUCACCAUGCCGCUGCUGCAGCUGCUUUGCAUCAACAGUUGUUCAGAGAGUUGGCAAAAAAUCCUGUACCAGGUCUGCCGCCUCAUCAACCACUUCCUGCUCACAUGAUGCCGCCGUUUACCUCGAUAUUGUACCCUUACCAGUUAGCGAUGGCGCAGGCUGGCGGGAAGGGUCUCGCAGAAUUACAACGACAAGCGGCGGACUUGCAACGCCAAUAUUUGCUUGACAUGAUUCCGUCGCAAGCGUCUCAGGCGCAGGGUAAUCAGGCUCCACCGCGAGCUCAUCCACACAAUUGGAAAACGUAACCAGACGCAUUUAAAGAUCGAACAGUAAAUGCAAAUAAAUAAAACUGCAGAGCUGUGUUAGAGAAUAUCGAGAAGGAAGAUGCUCGUAUUCUUUUUCCACGACAUCGUACUAAAGGGAUCCGAGGGUGCGCGGCAGAGUCGCGUACUCUCCAUACACUUAGGAUAAUAUAUCGGUCGUGCGAUUGGUAUCUUUAUUAUACAGUGAAGCUCAAACCGGAAUAAUGGACAGACACUACAUGUAAUAUUUGUGAAGAGGAAAUUCAAGCAUCGGAUUGUGAAUAUGAAUUGACGUUGUGAGUGUGAUGUUAUUGUUACCCCGGAGAUUCAAGGUUUAGUUGCCUCUCUGAGAAGAAAAGAAAGAACCCUAAGCUGUCGGUUACGUUGGUACACGGUUACCGUAAUAUUUGGUUUUAAAGCGAAACAUUAUUUACGAUUCACGAUGAUCAGCGAAAAAAAUGUCUAAAAAGUCUUUAAAUGUAUAACAGCAGUUUCUUUGCACUCGUUACCCUGUGUUGGUAUUAACAAUACUAUAAAUGAAAACUGGGUGUAUAUGUCAAUCAAUCGGAAUCAAGUGCAUAAUAACUCGGACGCACACGAAUGGAUUUAAUUGCUUCAAUUAUUACAUUAUACAUAUAUAUAAAGAACCAAAUGGACAUCUAUAAGGCACUAAGGACAGUAAUAAGUGUUACGUGAUUAUAAUUGAAUUGGUUGAUCUAACGAUAGUAGUGAUAAUUGAUGGGUGAAAAUACGUGGCGAAACAACAAAGCUGAUGAAAAGGGUGGAAUCUUUUUGUAGACCCUCAUAAUUAAGCCGACCUUCAGUUGGUGGUUUGAAUUAUUUCUAACCAUCGGCGGUACCUGUACUCUGUGUAUAUCUCUUUAUUUUCUUCGAACUGUGAGUAUUUUUAAGGCGAUUCUAACACGAGAGAAAGAGGGUGAGAGAAAAGAAGAAAAAUGAGAGAAAGUUGUAGCUACGACAAAACCGAUCUUUGUAAGAACUGCGUGUGUGUAUGUGUCAGUGAUAGUCAGCAAAUGAAUGUGGGAGUGAUAGUAAUUUCAUUUUUCCUUUCUUUCGUCGAUACAAGACAGAACAUGCAUUCAGCAAGUUUUUAAGUUAGAGAGUGACACGAGUGUCAUUCGCGCACAAAUCGUCGUAGGGAACUCUUCGUAAUAAUAAUUAUAAGACUUUGGCUCACAUCGAUGCAGGAUUCGUUGAAGACGAAAACGUAAAAGAUUUGCCGACGAUUGAACGUUUCAAAUCUAUAUAUAUAUAUAUAUUAUAUAUAAAAAGAAAAAUGAAGAAGAAAACAAAGAAAGGAAUGAAACUGUCGACUAGGGUAUAUAAAUUAAUGAUAGCGCGAUUGAUUUCAUGUGUCACGUCGAUGUAAAAGUAUUUAACGAAAUCUUAACAGUACAUAUGUAUCCGAAGUUUUACCGAAACCGGUCAACAAAGUGGCAGGCGACCGAAUUUUUACGACGUAUCCUCUCUUUAGUAAACAAGCAAGAAAAAAAAACCACAAAAAAGAAUCUGCACUUUAAAGAGUUACAAAUCUCCGGCACACGUCCCAGCAAUACUUAUCAUCACUACUACUACUACUACUACUACUACUACUACAACACCCCCCCCCCCCCUUCACACUAAUAAUCUGAUUUCAUUGAUUCCGGCUAAACCGAUCUUGGUCACAAAUUUUCCGAAUCACUAAAUAUAUAGUUAACUGUAGUCUUGAUAUUUCUCGGUAUAUGAUACAAGUUAAUAAACUAAAAAUAGCAUAAUCAUCUCUCUUUGUACUACGUGAUAGAUUUUCAACUCAUACUUGAUAUAAACAUGUACACCAUAAAGUAACGUCUAACGAUCGCAUAAUAGAUCAAGAUCUGUGUUUUUUGUGUAAGAGAAAUCGAAAUAAUAUCAUUGUCAAUAUUUAUCAUUGUUGCCAGGACGCUCUACCGCUGUCUCUAUCCUCCUGUCGCGUAAAACCGAUUUUAUUCGUCAACACGGGAGCAAGGAAGAACACGGUUUUUGUAACACGCACCGCCAGAAAUGGGCUAAAUUUUCUUCGAAUAGUAGAUUACGAAUAAUAACAACGCAUAGCAAUUUAUUCGUUACGUUCAUUCGAUGGAGCAGUGAAAUUUCUAGUUCGUUAUAUUUCAAUCUAUAACUGAGAUUCUAAGUUUCUUUUUUUUUUUUUUUUGCGUAACGAGCAAUGGAUAAACAGUUUAUCCUUUAUUCGUUAUUCAAAAUAUCUAGAUACAAAUUACACCUAUCUCUGACGCAUGUGAUUACGUUUCAAUCAUACUUUCAUCGACAGGACGUGAAGUUAUCGCAUUUUUGUAUUUUGACUCUUGGGAUAAUACUAGAAUGAAAUGUUUAAUACUUUUCGUACACAAGAUAUUCCGUCUGCUACAUGCUAGAUUUUCGUAUAUCGAGAUUCUAAGGAAUAAUGAAAGGAAAACAUCUUUCUCUGCCAUUAUUAUACAUUGUGUUGCAACAUCUGGUAUAUUGAUAACUAACGAAAUGUUGAUCGCUCUUCUUAAAUUAAUUACGAUGUAUACAAGGAAGAUGUUCCUUUUUGUUUUAUAUCUUAGAGCACAUAAAGUCCAGAAAUAUACAAGAGACUAAUUAGUAGUACAAUGUUUAAAGUACAAUUCUCCUGAUGUGAAAUCGUAAAUGAGGCAUAUUGCUAUUGUCGAUGUACGGUUCUUAAGCUCAAUUGGGAUGUACAUAAAGAGGGCCAUGACGAAGAAAAUGAAAACAUUAUAUCGAUAAGUCUUCCCACGUGGUCCUGGAUUGUAUAUGCUCUAAGAUAGCGUCAAGAAAGAAAAUUACCUAUCCUUGCAUAUGUUACAUCCAAUAUAUCGUUAUUUUAACAUGCAUAGCAGGGGUAUCGGGUACCUGAAACUUCCAGUCGGGGUAUUUCAUCCAUAUUGGGUCGAAGUUUUGAAAGUUUCUUGUCAUAUAGGUACGUUUAGAUACUGGAACCUCGAUCGGUGACGAAUUUUGAACAGGGAUUAAUCAGAGAACGAAUCGUGAACUGUAUUUCGUAACCUUUGUUGAUCCUAAUUUAUUCGAGAUGUUUGUAUAUUUGGAAAAGAAAUAAAGUUUUUGUGUGAAACAUUUGUAUAGAGGGUCGCGCGUUGCUGCAAUUUUUAAAGCAGUACCUUGGCCACGAAAAUAUCUCUUGAUCGUUGCAGAUACAAGACAACGAGCGUGUGCGCAUCUACCUUACGCAUCGCGAGUCUGUAGCGGUGGGACGAUACUUUUGAGUCAGUGUGCCAAUGUGGUAUGAAACUUUCCAGACCCUAAAUGUACCAGAGCCUCGGGCAGGGAUGGACGAAAUGUAUUUCGAAUACCUUACUAGUUUGUAUUCUGUUUGUGGUUAUGCUUAAAAAUAUUCCCAUGCUGUAUUCGAUAGCUGUGCAACUACGCGCAGGUAUCGCGCGAAUGCUGAGUAUAAUUCGUGUCCGACAGCCGAGUAAAUGCAGAGUACUCGAUUCUGUUUCAGCAUUCGGUAGAUUUUAAUCUAGUUAACGGAUACGUGGCUCACGAAUACAUUUGUAUUGAAACAAUUAAAUGUGUGUCGUAGUCGUGUGUAUAUGGUAUUAAUGUGAUGUUUCUUCUUUUUAUAUAAUUAAAUUUUAUAUAAAUAAAUAACUUAAUAACGACA